UCCAUCAGUGGGACAGGGGAUUGGAUGUAUAUUGCUUGAUUGUUCUACCCCUGUUCCCACUCUCCCUACCCCCCCGUGUUCUGUGAUUACCGGGACUUCUCAAGUACCGCAUCAGUUCAGACUGAUGUCGACGGAACAGGACACCGGGGCACUGCCACGACGCAGUGCCAGAAUCGCAGUUCGUGCCCGCCCUUCAGUACCUCCAAGACCGAAGAAACUCAGCAGACGGACGACUCCAGCAGCAUCAAGUACGACAUUGACGGUACAAGACGCCACCGGAGAUCAUCCCGCACACCCAGUCCGAGGAGCCAAUGAGCCCGCGGCUGAUUAUCGUGGGCGGCUACUGGCAUUUUUAGAAGCCGUAGCUGCCGUCGAAGCCCGGAAGGAGACAGCAGAGGCAGAACGUCAGCGGCUAGCCAAUGAAGCGGCAGCCGAAGCUCAGCGAACGACUGAGACUGACGCAGCGACACGAGACAGACGGAAUGCCAGCAGCACGGAGUCCUUGAUUGCUUGUGAGCAUCAGUGGACGACGAUACUCCAAGACAUGAUCUUUGUGCCUACAGAAGCGCAGGCAGACCCGACACCGGCGGAGGCAGAGAGAAGUAACCUGGCUAACUUGCUGUUGGGCAUGAUGAGAGGUAUUAUGUGGAAUAAUACACUGCUGCAGUCACAUCUGCGCGCGGACGUGACGCAGCGCCAAACAUACAAGAAUGAUAUGACUACGUUAACCACUGCUAUCCGCACAGAGGCAAUGCAGCAGCAGCAACAGCAUCAACUGUUGAAUUCCACUGUCACACGCGUCAACAGCAUAGAGGCUAACGCCUCAGCAGCGCCAGGCUGCACGACAGACGUGACGAAGCAACUCAACGAGCGCAUCGAUCACGUCGUCACCAUCACCGGCGACAUAAGUACGUUCACUGGACUAGACUCGAUCAGCAGCACGGUGGCCGCCAUCAAGAUGGACCUCACCAAGCUACAGACGAGACCGGAAGCCGCUACAAAGACAUUCAAGAUGCCGCACUUCGACAUCAGCAAGUUCGACGACUACAACAAGUCGGACGCCUUGUCAUGGUGGCAACGCUUCCUCACGGAAGCAUCAUGCCGCAUGGUCCCGGCGGACGACAUGUUGAAGGCACUAUAUCUGCAGCUGAUUGGAGGAGCGCAGGGAUGGGUGAACCACCUAGCGGCUACACACAAGUGCACUAUCGCCGAACUCCACACGCACAUUACGUGGAAGGAGUUCGAGCAGCUAUGGUUCACUCGGCUCAUGGUCCGCAACGUCGUGAAGGCGGCCAUGAAUGAGGUGUACACAUGCUCUCAAGGGAACAUGCCAACUCGAGACUGGACAACGAAGUGGCAAAAGAUAGUGAACACAGCAGGUUUCGAUUUGACAUUUCCAAAUCAACGAUCCGAGUUCUUCUCGUGAUCGUGCGCGGGAUUGCGGUCGACACUCGGUAAUGAGUACGACUAUACCACAUUCCAUG